AUGGCUUCCCUGGACCACAUUCUUUGUCUUCUUCCUCUGCUCUUCACCAUCAUCAUUUCUUCCUUACACGUUUUGCAUGCUUCAGCCACAACUUCACAGAAAUGGAAAUCCGCCAUUACCAUCAGAAAAGUCAACCGUAGAGGACCUUACAUCGGUCUCGUGACGGUCUUUGAGACCGAAGAGGUUGCUUUUCUUGGCAGUGUCGAUUUCAGACCCGAUCCUACUCAUCCCUUCCUUGAUCUCUCUGGAAGACGUUUUCGGAUUGGGAAGAUUCAUGGAAAGAAGGUUUUGUAUGUUAGAUGCGGGAUAGGAAUGGUCAACGCAGCAGCAGCAACACAACAAAUGAUAGAUGUGUUCAAUGUGAAAGGGAUCAUACAUUUUGGAAUAGCAGGAAAUAUAAACAACUCAAUGUCCAUUGGAGAUGUGAGCAUUCCUAAGCAAAUCACGAAUGCUGGCUUGUGGGACUGGCUGAAUCCAGAGAAAGAAAAGGGAGAUGGGUAUGCAGCGUACUUAGAUGUCGGGAACUAUAAUGUUCCACAGGGAGAUGGCAACAAUAUGUUAGGAAAGAUUGGAUACAGUUACGAGGAACUAUAUUCAGUCAAUGGUCACAUUAAUUCACCUCAGAAAGUUUUCUGGAUUAAUACAACUCGAGAGUGGCUUCAUCUUGCAGCUGAUCUAGAGAGGAUGGAGCUUUUGCAGUGUGUGAAUGCAACUUUGUGUCUUCCACAGAAACCAAAACUUGUCGUUGGAUUAAAGGCAGCCACUGCAAACAUAUUUGUGGAUAAUGCAGCCUAUAGAAACUUCUUAUACGAUACUUUUGGGGUUUCCUCCUCUGAUAUGGAGAGUUCCGCUGUGGCUAUGACGUGCGUGUCAAAUGGGUAUCCAGUAAUUGUGAUAAGGGGAUUAUCAGAUAUAGCUGGAGCUCAAACAGGAGAUAAUGCUGUUCGAAAGUUUGGAUCUUUGGCUGCCACUAACACUGCGAAAGCUGUCUUGGAGUUCAUUAAGAAGCUCCCACCGACGACCUACACUCCUAAUUACUACGUUGAUUGA